CGCGCCCAACUACAGCGCCUUCCUGCCCUACACCGCCGACCUCAGCCUCUUCUCGCAGAUGGGUUCCCAGUAUGAACUGAAAGACAACCCUGGGGUUCAUCCUGCAACUUUUGCUGCUCACACCAGUCCUGGUUAUUAUCCCUAUGGGCAGUUCCAGUAUGGAGACCCUGGGAGACCCAAGAACGCAACCCGAGAAAGCACCAGCACCUUAAAGGCCUGGUUGAACGAACACCGCAAGAACCCUUACCCGACCAAGGGCGAGAAGAUCAUGCUGGCCAUCAUCACCAAGAUGACCCUCACUCAAGUCUCCACCUGGUUCGCCAACGCCCGGAGGAGGCUCAAGAAGGAGAACAAGGUCACUUGGGGGGCACGGAGCAAGGACCAGGAGGAUGGGAAUCUCUUUGGGAGUGACAACGAGGGGGACCCUGAGAAAAAUGAAGACGAUGAAGAGAUUGACCUGGAGAGUAUUGACAUUGACAAAAUCGAUGAGAAUGAUGGGGAGCAGAGCAAUGAGGAGGAGGAGGAGAAAGUGGAGCUAUUGCGGCAAAGGAGUGAAGAGGACCAUUUGGAGAAGGAGAAAGCCUUGCCAAUGUCAGGCCCCGAAGGACUUAAACCCAAAGAGGCCCUGGUCUUGGGCAAGGAGACUUCUGACAACCCCACCCGAAUCCUGAGCCCCGGCAGACAGAACAAUCUCCAAGGCGUCCUCCACAAUAAGCCCAAGAUCUGGUCUUUGGCAGAGACGGCCACCAGCCCAGAUGGGACCCUCAGCAAGCCCACGCCUCCAUCCCCUCCUUCCCAGGUGAACCAUACAUCUCCCCAGCUCCAGCAUCCGGCGUUCCUCCCCAGCCAUGGACUUUACACGUGCCAGAUUGGCAAAUUUCACAACUGGACCAAUGGGGCCUUCCUCACCCAGAGUUCCCUGUUAAAUGUGAGGUCCUUUUUGGGAGUAAACCACCACCACCACCACCACCACGCUGCCCACCACAACCACCACCUUCCAGCCCAUCAGCAGCUGCAGCAGCCUCAGCAACAUCCGCAGGCCACUGGGUUAACGGCUCUCAGCACUGAAAAGUCAUCAGAGAGGACCAGCCCCAAACACAUAGAAAGAGAAAAUCUACCAAGGACUGACUCUCCGCCUCAGCAGUUAAAAUCUCCCUUUCAGCCUGUCCGGGACAACUCUUUGGCUCAGCAAGAGGGAACAUCGUGAAUUUUAACAACCCUCCCUUCUGCUUGAUUAAAUGGGUUGUGCUUUUUGUUUUCUUCUGUCUUUUUUUUUUGUUUUUGUUUUUUGGGGUUUUUUUUCCUGGUGGAAAAGAGAAUUUCACAGACUGGUCUAAAGAAUAAAACAAAACAAAAUUGGAAAUGAUCUAAAUGACUUCCAUCCAGCUUCUCUUCCUCCUCCUCCCCUCUUUCUUUCUCUCUUUUGCAAUAAGGUGGUAACAAUCUAUUUAAAAAAAAACUUUUUCAGCUCCUUAAUGGGAUUCUCCCCAUUUACAGUCUCCCCUUUUCCAAAAUGUGUAAUUCUAAUCAUAAUUGGAAUAUUUGUUUUGGUAAAGAUUUCUCAUGCGUUUGUGUUAAUUUUUUUUUCUGUAUAUAAAGUGAUUUCAAAUUGUAAAUAGUGCCACAGCAAAAACUUG